CCUGACCUCGAGGUGACAAUGCAAAUUCAUGGACUUCACGCCAUCUGUUUUGCUUGUCUUGCUGUUCUUGGGUGUUUUUUUGGUCAGCUCGUCGUGUCCUUACCGGUGCUCUUAUUAGUCUACGUCACUAGCAACUGCAAGCUACACGAUCGCUGUCUCGAGGCGGUGAUAGGGACAUGGUACUACAUGGUUGCGGGCUAUUUGGGUGAGUUCAACAAUUCUUUGGAAUUCAGACAACGAUAGCGUCGUUUAGACUGCUUUUCAAUUUAUUUAAUUUUAAUUUAUAGUUUUAGUUUAUAGACAAAAAUCAUAUUACACACAACAAAUUUUCUGUAAUAUUGUGUAUGAUGCACUUUAUUAUGUCUAUAGAUUUUUGGUAUUGCUAAGGCAAAAACUUUGGCUGAAAACUGUGUAGUAAAAAUUUUUGGUAUAUUAUAUAAGCAAUUAGUUUCUUGAGUACCAAAAAAGUUCAACUACAUCAUAACACACAGGGUGCCAUAGAUUAAAGUCUGGGUACCCUAAAUUAAGUCUGACCAAAUUGGAAAAGUAUAGAUAGAGAAAAACCACUGGGAUAUCUAGAUCAGGGGUGUAGCAUGGCAUGGGCUAGACCGGGCUAUAGUCUCCAUCAUUUGUAAGUGUGGUCAUAAAAAUUGUGGACUGUAAAUACAUGAGAACCAAAGCUGUAUAUAGUAUAUACAUCACCCUUUUUUCCAGUCUGGAUCUGCCACUGAUUCUACUAUAUCAGUCAAUUAGAAGCCAAAAAAACUGGGCGCGUCUUGUAGCAUCGUGAAGUUUAACCCCACAUUUCUAGAGGUCACGCUGCGCCCUGUCUAGAUUAUUAUUUAAUUUAAUUUAUCAAUUAUCAGUUACUUUGUCGAUUACACUACACGUUCAAAAUGACAUCCAGUAAGUUACUGUACUUCUAGAUAUUUUCUAACUCAUUCAGUGCAAGACUGUUGUCAAUUUUUUGUGCAUAGAAGUAUUGUUUUUAUGGCCCUAUUGGCCAGAAAACAGUGAAACUCUUGAUGAAUUUUGUGAUCAGCAAAAUCGGAAAUUACGUGGAGGCAGUUACACUAUUAGUACUUGUUUGCUUGCACAUGUUAAUCAAAGAGUGAACUUUUUGGGCACAUGACAAAUUGCUGGACUCAUGGAUAAAAUACUAAUUGCUUGUCUAGACAAAAUAGAGUUUUGAAGACAGUGGUAGUUAGAAUGAUCAAUCAGAAAAUUUCACACAAUUCUAUACUAGACUACAGUACAUGCCAUCUACACACAAAGAGAGACAGAGAAAGAUUUCUCUAUUUGCUUUCUGAAUGUAGAAAUGAUGGAUAAUGUACCUACGGUAGCUCAAAUGGUACAUGUACCUUUCCGCUUCUUGUAGUAUUGAGAACAGGGAUGUUGGGAAGAGUAUUUGUUAUUGAGGGACUAUUAUUUAAUUGAACAAUACAUACCAUACAGUGUCUAAUUAUGUUUACUAUUAAAUAACAUGUAUUUUUAUUGCUGUAUAUAAUUAUGUUUGCCUUCACAAAUAAAUAUAUGAAUAUACUAUACUCACUUCAGCAAACACCCAUCUUUUCUGUUGGGAGAAUCUUUGCUAAAUUAUUUACUUGAGCGAAUGUGGUAUUUAAUUGUGCCGGUACAGUCACUGUUGCUGUUGUUUUACUGUGUUAGUGGUUUGGGAUCAUGCAAUAGUUAAUUUGUGAUGCAAGCAGCUGUUCAUUGAAACUAUAUUAGAGUAAAGUAAACAUGACCAGCUGCAGAUCUGCCUGUUCUGUUUAUGCAAUGAAUAUAUAUGUUGGCAUUCCAAUAUUUUUAUUGCUACAGCCGGAAGCAGAAAUAUCUUAUUACUAAACUUGAUUACAUAGUAGAUUUAGAAGGACAAAUAAUGUAAUGCAUUAGAAGUGAGUGAUUGCAAACAUGGAUGAGGUGUCUGCACUUUGUUUACAGAACUGGUUUAUGGUAUAAAAUUAGUGAUUACGGGAGAUGGGCUUGAACGGAAUGAAGGCUGUGUCAUUAUUAUGAAUCAUCGGACACAGAUGGACUGGAUUCUGUUGUGGAACCUUUUAGCACGGUUUGGCAAUGUUAGGCGCUGCAAAAUUAUACUUAAAGAUAGCUUGAAGAAACUGCCAGGAAUAGGAUGGGCAGCACAACAGAACUUGUAUCUGUUUGUUUCUCGAAGUUGGGAGAAAGACAAAGAACACUUUCAUUCAGUACUCAACUACUUUGUUGAAACUAACAAACCUGUGCAAAUGUUGAUUUUUCCUGAAGGAACAGAUUUCUGCAAAGGAACAAAGCAAAGCAGUGACAAGUUUGCCAAAAAGAAUAACUUACCCAUUUAUGAUUACGUCCUACAUCCUCGGACUCGUGGAUUUUCUGAACUAGUAAAGGUCAUGCGGCAUGGCAAUGUCAAGUCACUUCUUGAUGUAACUGUUGGAUAUCCAGUUAACAUUCCAUGGGGCUUUCGGAGUGUUAUAUUGGGCAACUACCCAGAACAAGUUCAUUUUAACAUCAAAAAGUAUUCUAUUGAUGAAUUGCCUGAGGACACUGAAGAGCUUCAACAAUGGUGCCAGGACCGUUGGGCAGAAAAGGAAGAAACUCUCAGACAAUUUUAUGAUAAGAAACAUUUCAAUCAACCACAAAUUCUGUUUGCUGUCCCUGAGAAACAGAUGUGGAGGAAGAUGUCAUUAUGUUUGAUUCUAUGGGCUGCAUUUGUUCUACUGGCCUUUUUUCUUUUCUAUAUGUCAUCCUUUUGGUGUUGGUAUUGUCUAGCUGGCUGUCUUAUUUACUUGAUCCUGACUGUCACUGGUGGAGCAGAAAGAGUGCUAUUGAGUGCUAACAAAAGACUGAACUGUUCAUCAAGAUGAACUAAUUUCAUACUUGUUGAUUUCAUUGUAUUCACUUCAUACUUGUUGAUUUGAUUGUAUUCACACAUUGACUCUUAUAUUUUGCUUCUGCCAUACUUUCGCAGCAGUAAACCUUAAGGUUUAUUAGUGAAGUUAAUUAACUAAGCAUUUGCACUCUUGUAGCAGAUUGCCUUUGUAUUUUGCUGUCUGUUAGAAACAUUAUGUCAAUAUCUCCUAAUGCCUAAUGCAAUCUGAGAUUUGAUACGUAGGGUGUGUGUUGACUGUUUCAAUUGUUCUUGAGAAAAUCUACUGUUCAAUACUUGAGUGAUGAGUAAUAACA